CCAUGGCGUUCAUGGUGAAGACGAUGGUGGGCGGCCAGCUGAAGAAUCUCACCGGGAGCCUGGGGGGCGGUGAGGAGAAGGGAGACGGGGAGAAGUCGGCGGCCGAAGCACAGGGCAUGAGCCGGGAGGAAUACGAGGAGUAUCAGAAGCAACUAGUGGAAGAAAAGAUGGAGCGGGAUGCACAGUUCACGCAGAGGAAGGCCGAGCGGGCCACGCUGCGGAGUCACUUUCGUGACAAGUACCGGCUGCCUAAGAACGAGACAGAUGAGAAUCAGAUCCAGAUGGCCGGUGGGGACGUGGAGCUGCCCCGGGAACUGGCCAAGAUGAUCGAGGAGGACACGGAGGAGGAGGAGGAGAAGGCCUCGGUGCUUGGGCAGCUGGCCAGCCUCCCGGGCCUGGACCUGGGCUCCCUCAAGGACAAGGCUCAGAGCACGCUGGGGGACCUGAAGCAGUCGGCUGAGAGAUGCCGCGUCAUGUGA